GGAUCUUGAGGGUGAAACUUUCAAUAAAGAUAAAAGAAGAUAAAGCCCAAGCACCCUUGUUCCGCGGAGCUACUACUUAGUACUGUUUGUGGUUCAGGAUCUUCACCGUGCUGUUUUUAUUCUACUUUUGCCUAUUGGUUGCGCUUGCGUUUUUUGUUUCGUAGAAUUGGCAUUGGGUGAUCCUGCAAAAUUAGAUGUAGAUCACGGUGGGUGACGCUGAUCGCUUCUAGACUGAAUGCCUCAGCACUCAUGGUCGCGCCGUUUUUUGUAUCCGCGCUCUGCGUGUUUCUCGUCGGUGCAACACCGAAUGAGAGCACCACUCAUGCGCCACCGUCGUCCUCGCCAUCUUGUCCGGCGAGCGGCCGGGCAACAGCCUGGACCACCUUUCUCGCAUGCGACCCGCCACCGUUGUCGCCGCCCCCCGCAGCGGAUGACUUCUCGGCGAUUUUUCGCCGACAAACGGCUUGGGUCAUGGGUGCACAGCGUGAGAUCAUUGAGCACACCCUACAUGACGAGGACGAGGAUGAACUUGUGCCCGUUGGUGCGACCGAGAUUGAUGUUGAAGGAGAAGGACAAGGACAAGACGGCGCUGAUGAUAUAAUGCGUUCACGGGAACAACUGGCGGAGAAGAUGCACAGUGCGAAAAUUAGAAAAGCAGACGAAGAUGCUGAUGCAGCAACAGCAACUGAACGUGUAUUAUAUUUUGCUUCUGCAGCAGAACAAGGACAAAACUUUGACCAGGGAACUGCGGCAGCGGCACCGAACACGCACAGAACCCCGUCGAAGGUGUUUGUUGACUAUGUGCCACAGGGUCGUUGCUCUUCGAAGCUGUGGAACUGGUGGGCAGUCGACGAACUGAACCUGCCCUUUGCCUUAGCGCCCCAGGACGCCCUGAAUGUUGGGAAACGCUGCGACUCGAUGGCUAGAGUUCCUUCCUCGUAGACUUAUGUCAUGAGAACAGAAGAGAUAGUUCUUUUUACGUAAAGCAUAAAUCACAGAUGUAAGCGAUGUACUGAUCCCGCUGACCUUCAUCAAGGGAACAAUUGUCAUAAAGAUAGUCUGCUUACACUCCUCUGGCUAUCGAAAUUUUUUGCUUUGACAAAGGCAGCGGAGCACGACGUCUUGCAAGAACUGGGUAGAAGUGCCGGAUCCUCGGACACCUUGGCAACAUCUAACGACGAGUUGUUGAACAAGAUUCACCCACAGCUGCAAACUGCCGGAUAUUUCGUGAACUACGUAACGCGGUAUGCGGAGAAAUGCCAGCGCGCACAAGGGCGGCUGUUUGCGGUGCAGGUGCGAGCAAGGGCUGCAGAAGAAAAUACGCAGAACAAUCAACCAGGGACACAGAGGACACCGCCCACAACAUUUCUAGCCUUGACGCAGACGACGCUGCUGUUGUGCGUCCCUGCUGCCUGCAAGGAGGACGAGAUGCGCAGCAAGACGGGUCUGCUGGCACUGCAAGUGAGUCUGCAGCUCCGCUAUCUCUCAUCCACGCAACAUUUCCGCAGACGCCUAGCGAACGCACGAAGAGGCAACCCUGAGAAACUAUCCGAGGCUGAAGAUGGAGACGCUCCUCCGCCUACCGCUCGCCUCGACAGAGAGUUCUUUUUGCCGAUUGCAGCUUUCGAGAGCACGAAUGCGAGAGUCCACGCGGAACUGUUCCAGGAGCUGAAGCGGCACUAUCGCGUUUCCGCCGCUACGGCCUUGCUUACUGCGUCCACCAUGCUUGCGCGAAGAGCUCCAGUUUGCGCAUUUCACCAGCAUUUCGCCACCGUCGACGUGAGGAAUCAUGUUCGCCGAAAUGUAGUGUCCAGGCUGUGUACGCUACCGGACCAGCAUGUCCUUCUCGACAGAGGCCUUCCGGAGUUAUUCAAGCUGCCCGGAGAGCCGCAGCCAGAAAUGCAACCACGACCAUUGACAAGGACACCUGUAAAAUCUACUCACCUGCAAGAGCCCGUUCAGAACCAGGACCAGGGCGAAAAUGCAGCAUACCGAGCGUCCUCUCAGGAGGCUGACGCCCACUGGCUCGGAAGGGCUCCGAUUCGUG